CCAAACAUGUUUUUAAACAUGUCUUGAUAGAAAAUGUGCUUAAUUGUUAUAGUAUUGAGUGUGUUUUGUAUUUUCCAAUGGGAGAACUAGGUUCCAAGCACAGUGUGUAAAUACGCUCUUUAGAAUGCACCAAUGGAAAACAUGUCUGGUUUUAUUUACUUAUGGUUGAGUAUUAUAAAAAGGAAAACAGCAUGGUCCCUCCCACACCGCGAGAAGACGCCUCCGUAGCUGUUGAACAAGACAAAAAUGUCUGACAAAGUUGUGCUGACCUAUCUGAACGGAAGAGGGAAGAUGGAGUCCAUCCGCUGGCUGCUGGCGGUGGCAGGGGUGGAGUUUGAUGAAAUAUUCCUGACAACCAGACAGCAGUAUUUGACGCUCGCGCAUGGUGGGUCGCUCAUGUUCCAACAGCUUCCUCUGGUAGAGAUCGAUGACAUGAAGCUCAUCCAGUCAAAGGCCAUCCUGAACUACAUCGCGGAGAAAUACAACCUUCACAGCAAAGAUCCAAAAGAGCGAGUCAUGAUCAACAUGUUCUCCGAGGGGCUGAUGGAUCUGAUGGACUUGAUCAUGAUGCUGCCCUUCUCUGUUGACGGCAAACUUCAAGCCAUGUAUGUUCAGGCCAGAGCGAAGAAGCGCUACAUGCCGGUGUUUGAGCGGGUGCUGUCGCGCUCGGACUAUCUGGUGGGAGGGAGACUGACUCUAGCGGACGUGCAGCUGUUGGAGUGCAGUCUGAUGUUGGAGGAAAACUUUCCGGAUGUUCUUUCCGGCUUCCCCAACAUCAAGGCAUUCCAGGAGAGGAUGAAGAAGAUUCCUGCCAUUGAAAAGUUCCUGCUUCCCGGCAGCAAGAGAAAGCCGAAGCCGGACGAGGUCUAUGUCAAAACAGUCAAGUCCAUUUUUAAGCUGUAAAAUCCCUUGUAAUUGAUGCCAAGGUCACGCUCUCCACACUCUGUUGGUGAUAUUAGCUUAUUAACACGGCAGGUGAGGCACUCCACAACGCGCACGAUGUCCAUGUACAUUCUCGGCAUUAUUGGAAAGGCUAAUGUUUGUAGCAUGCUUACGUGUUUUGCCGUGCGUUAAAGCGAGUUUGCAAUACGCUCGAAGGAGACGAUCCAGUCAAAAAUGUUUGAAUCGCGUUGGCAGUUCGGCGCUUCCGUAGUAUCCAGUCAAUUUCGGUGCUAUUUCUGAAAGACGCUGCUGAAGAACGCAUCAGAUAAACCACGCCCUCUGCAGGUUAAAGUGUAUAUCAAACCUUUCUUAUAAGCGAAUUGGAAAUAAGACGGUUUAUUAGCAGCCCGAAAGAAUGUA